AUGAGCAUGGAUGACAACGAACAGCAGCGGCUGUCUGCUCUGGAGACCAGCAUACAGAACAUCGAGGCCGUACUCACCCGCCUCAUCUCUCAACAACAACAACCCCCUGCCCCUGCCCCUGCUCCAGCUCCGGCAGCGGGUCCAGGUGUUUCUACUGGCGCCAGCCCUGCGCGCCCCCUUAUCCGUCCAAAUCCUCCCUUCUCCUUUGAUGGGGAUCGCACCCUGGGCAAGAGCUUCUUGCAUUCAGUGAAGCAGUACUGGCGUCUGCUUCCUGAGGCGUUCUUCGUGAAUGGGGCAGUCUCGGAAGAAAAGGUACGCACCCCAUUCCCGUUCCCUACUUGGGCUCUCUUCGUCACCGAGUUCAAGCUCCGAUUCGUCGAGGAGAACGAGCAAGACCAUGCCCUGGCGCGACUGGAGACCCAUCUGUAUUAUAUGGGCUCCCGCGACGUGUUCAAGUACACGGACGAGUACGACGACCUCCUUGAUCUCGCCGGCUAUACCGACGAUCUGGUCAAGGUGACCAAAUAUAGGACGGGCCUGGAUCCGAAGAUCAACCAGGCUAUCACCACCUCUGGCAACCCUCCCAGGCUUACUGACUACGCCGAAUGGCGUGUCCGUGCGUUCCGGCAGUACAACGCGGAACAAGCUGCCAAGGCGUCUCGAGGCCACGUCCCUCCCCCCCGAGCGCCUCCUAUCGUCCCUCGUCCUCGUGCCCCGCUGCUCCCUGCUGUAGCACCGGCAAUUGCUGCUCGCCCGGCGCCGGCUCCUGUCGCCCACCCCAUCCCCAUGGAGUUGGAUCGGACCCGGCUCCGCGGUGACGUUCGCCGCACCUGCUUCCGCUGCGGCAGUCCGGGCCAUCUUGCCCCUGGGGAGUGA